AUGGCUUCCUACGAGAAAAGCGGCUACGGAAAAAAUGGCUGCGAUGUCGAGUAUCAACAACCCGCGGCGUACGAAAGGCACCAUUCUCUUGUCGCACCCGAUGCCUCGGGCGCCGUGCAUGGAGAAUCGUUCACCAUCGGCGACUCGAUGUACGCCAAAAUACAACGUCUGGCCGGGCGCUUUCAUGUUGAGCAGCGCGGCAUUGAACGUGUUCCUGCAGAUGAGCAGAUGGAUAAAAGCACCUUCAAAGUGGGCACGAUGUGGCUCGCAGCGAAUAUGGUCGUUUCUUCCUUUGCCAUCGGCGUCCUCGCAGUGCCAGUCUUUGGCCUGGGGUUCGUCGAUUCCGUCCUGACCAUUCUCUUCAUCAACAUGUUCGGAAUCUUACCAGUCUGCUUCUUCUCGACAUUCGGUCCCAGGUUUGGCAUGCGCCAGAUGAUUCUCAGCCGCUUCUUCUUCGGCUACUACGGGGUCAAGAUCAUCGCUAUUUUUAAUUGUCUUGCUUGCCUGGGAUGGUCGUCUGUCAAUGUGAUCGUGGGCUCUCAACUCAUCCAUGCCGUCAACCCAGACGUCCCGGCGUGGGCAGGCAUCAUUACCAUCGCUGCGUGCACCUUCUUUGUCACGCUCUUCGGGUACAAAGUUGUGCAUAUAUACGAAAUGGUCGCUUGGGUCCCCUGCUUCAUCAUCUUCCUCAUUGUUAUCGGGGAGUUUGCGCAUCGUGGCGAUUUCGUCAACAUCCCGAUGGGCAACGGCGAAGGCGAGGCUGGGUCAGUCUUAUCUUUCGCGGCGUCCGUGUUCGGAUUUGCCACGGGCUGGGCUUCCUAUGCCAGUGACUACACUUGUUACCAACCUGCGAACACCUCCCGGACAAAGAUCUUUUUCUACGUCUUCGCCGGCUUGAUCUUCCCUCUAUGUUUCACCCAGAUGCUGGGUGUAGCUGUCGCGACCGCCAUGCCGACGAAUCAGGCCUACGCGGAUGCCUACGCCACCGAUGCCGUUGGUGGUCUCUUGCACGAAGUUCUUGUCCCACCACUGGGAGGCUUCGGCAAGUUCUGCCUCAUCAUCCUAGCUCUCUCGAUCGUCGGCAACAAUAUUCCGAAUCAGUACUCUAUAGCGUUCUCUUUGCAGACUCUGACGCACUACGCGCAAAUGGUGCCUCGUUUCAUCUGGACGCUAGUUGCCACCAUCACCUACUGCGCCAUUGCAAUUCCAGGCGCUGACCAUUUUGAAUCUGUCCUUGAAAACUUCAUGCUAGUUAUCGGCUACUGGUUGGCCAUCUACGAGGGCAUCUCUCUACCUGAACACUUCAUCUUCAAGCGUGGGAUGCGCGGCUACAAGCCCGAAAUCUACGAUCAACCAAAGUAUCUCCCACCAGGCAUUGCCGCAGCAGCAGCUUUCUGCUUUGGCAUUCUGGGUGCGGCCAUGGGGAUGGCGCAGGUCUGGUUCAUCGGCCCAAUCGGGAGGUUGAUAGGUACCGGGUACGGUGGGGAUAUUGGGUUUGAAUUGGCUUUUGCGUUCACAGCGAUCACAUACGUGCCGUUCAGGUAUCUUGAGAGGAGAUACUUCCACCGAUAG